UUAAAAAGAAACAAAAAAGUAAAUCCACUCCUGCCUUGCUGACACUAUUUUUUUUACCUCUUGGCCUAAAAUCCAGGAGACGAACGACGAAAAGAAAAUCCAUAGUAGUUACACUCUCACAGAAACGUCGGAUAAUAUUUCCAUAUCUUGAAACCCUAAUCCUAUAUCCCUAACGCUUAAUUGAUUAAGAUUUGAUCUAGGGUUAGGGGAUCGGCUUUCAUCAUUCAUCCGGCCACGAAGUGCAGAAAUGACCAUAAAAUUUGCUCGGGGCUGCAUCCAGUCGAUGCUGAAGCUCGUCAACUUUGUGUUAGGGAUUGUUGGGAUCGCCAUGAUCAUGUACGCCAUUUGGAUGUUCAGAGUUUGGCAAAAGCACAUGUCCGGCCCUUCUCCUCUCCCGUAUUUUGGGCCCAAUAGCUCCCCUAUCCCCUGGUUCAUCUAUACUAUUCUUGGUCUUGGCAUCACUGUGUGUUUCAUCACUUGCUCAGGUCAUAUUGCUGCAGAAACUGUGAAUGGCUGCUGUCUGUAUAUUUACAUGGUGUUUGUCUUUCUACUUUUUGCGUUCGAAGCUGCUGUCACUGUAGAUGUUUUCUUAAACAAAAACUGGGAAGAGGACUUUCCUGAGGAUUCAACCGGCAACUUUGAUGAGAUAAAAAAGUUUGUCAAAGAAAAUUUUGACUUGUGCAAAUGGAUUGGCUUGUCAGUGGCUGCAGUGCAGGGACUGAGCAUGUUACUGUCAAUGAUCCUCAAAGCUUUGGGACCAUAUCGUGAGAGAUGCUAUGACAGUGAUGAUGAUUAUAUACCAGAUGGUGUUCCACUUUUGAAAAACUAUGUCCCUCAACCUUCAUGUGUUGUUGGUGACCCUGUCUAUGGAUCCACUAGUGAUCCUUGGAAUAUCCGGAUGAAUGGAAAGGCAAGCAGAUGAGUGGAAAAUGUUUUCUUGACCACACGAACUAAGGAAUGGGCAUUUAAGUGAGUGAAAGUGUUUGGGAUAAUGGUUGGCAGGCUAUCGAUGUGUUGGGUAGGAUUCAUCUAAUGCGGUUAAUGUACAUCUACAUCUGCUAAAUAUAUUUAAUGUGUAAAAACUAUGGCAAUCUUGGCUGCAAAUGUUAGCAAUCUGUAUUGUGUAAACAUUUGAUUUAGUGUUUGUCGGCAAUAUAAUGGAUGGUGUUACGCAAUCA